AUGCGGCUGGCAGUAGACCCGGAGCUGCGGCAUACGUUGCGGUGGUGUGCAGGACCAGCUCCGCGCUUAGGCGGCGUGCUCAAAUCCGGGACAGUUUACGUGCUGAAAGGACAUGUAUUUCCACAGUGGAAACCUAGGCCUGCCUAUGUGAUAGGAUCUAGACUACAUUCUUACGGAACAACCUGGGAAAUGUUAGAACUGAGUGGCGGUAGUAUUGAGUUAUGUCAACCCAAGGCUCACAGACUCGUGCUCUGCGUGAAACCGCGUUGUCAAGGCAACAUCACAUCCGCAGACAACAGCAUGAAUCACCUCUUCCUCGGGUUUAGUACCAUUUGGGAGAGAAACAUGUGGUUCUGCUGGUUGAAGGAGGGAACACAAAGUACGCAGCCGCCCAAUGUUUUGGACCUCAGUGGUGGUGGACGAGCGUCGUUAGGAGCGGCACUAGCGCAGCAUGCAGCAGGAGCCUUUACUGUGAGGGUCCUCAAACUAAGAAGCAAUGCCCUGUCGAGUCUGCCAGCUCAAGCUUGGACCCUGCAAGCUCUUACACACCUCGACAUCAGCGACAACAGGAUCACAGAACUGCCACAUGAAAUAUGCCAGCUCACACAAUUGGAAGAGCUCCAAGUGAGCGACAACGAAUUACGAUCCAUAGACUGUGUGCUGCGACUACCCCGGCUCAGGACUUUGGUGGCAACUAGAAAUUUGAUCACCAGUUUUGGGCCCAAACCACAAAUGGCGCCAGAAGACGAAAAUAAAUCAGAAUAUCGAGCUCCCCUUACCACCGUGGACCUGCGACAUAAUAAACUAAAAGGGAGCAUCAUACUUGGAAAUUAUGAGCACCUGGUGUCUUUAGACCUGUCUCACAACAGCGUGGAGGUGUUGGUGGUGUCAGCAUUGCGCGGCCUGCGCGAACUGUAUGCGGCUCACAAUACACUGCAGCACCUUGCUCUGCAUGGUGCCAUGCUGAGGAUCUUGCGUGCUCCUUACAACCAACUAGAAACACUAACCACAACAGUACCACCGAUCAACCUAGUCGAAAUCGACGUGUCGCACAACAAGCUUACCUCGUUACCCCAGUGGCUCAGCGGCUGCUCCGACCUCACCACGCUACACGCCAGCAAUAACCAGCUCACCUCAUUACCAGAGCAUCUUUUCUGCAGCGAACUCUCCAGUCUAACCAGCCUACAUCUAGCACACAACAAAAUAUCCAGUAUACCUUCCAUGCCAAGACUAAGAUCACCGCUCCGAGAGUUGCUUCUACAUGACAACUGCAUACAGUCCUUACCAGAAAACUUCUUCUCCACAUGUGAUCGAAUGUGCGUCCUAAAUCUCACUAACAACAGAUUAAGUCGACUACCACACGCCAGAGGUCCCUCAUCACAUUGUCUUGAGAGACUCUACCUUACUGCCAAUUGCCUAACUGAUGAAGUAGCCGAUGUUAUAAUAGCCUUCAGAGGAUUGAAGAUAUUACACAUCGCAUAUAAUUGCCUCACGAAUCUACCAGAAACAUGUAUCAACUUCUGGCCAGAUAUUGAAGAACUUGUAUUGUCUGGGAACUGCCUUUCAAGACUUCCAGAAAAUUUACCACAAUUGAAUAAUAUUAAAAUAGUAAGAGCUCAUUCAAACAGAUUACGCUCUGUUCCAAUGUUUGCGUGCAGUGCCUCAGUUAAAAUAUUAGAUUUCGCUCAUAAUGAAUUAGAUAGUAUAGAUUUACGACUUCUUGCCCCGAAACAGUUGAAAUUUUUAGAUAUAUCGUGUAACAAAAAGUUGCAAGUGGAUCCUUCACAAUUUAGCGCGUACAGAUGUCAACGCCCUCUUAGUUUGGUCGAUGUCACCGGACGACAUUCCUUACCGUGGACACAAAAAAGUGGCUAUCACGAAGAAUUAAACGGCUCGACGCCUUGGAGCACAGGAUUUUCUGAAUGUCCAAAUAAAUCGUUACAGCUAUGUUGUGCACAAAUACGCCUACCGUCCUUCUGCAAUAGGGAAGGUUUAUUUGCAAUCAUUGAUGGUGAAACUGAUAUUGAAGUGCCAAAAAUUUUACAAACCUCUAUACCUGGACUUGUACUUGAAGAAAAAUCGAUCAAGGAAACAGUUAAUGAGUACAUGAAAUAUGUUGUCCUAUCUGCGCAUAGGGAACUCAAGGAAAAAGGACAGAAAAAAGGUGCUUGUUUAAUUAUGUGUCAUUUAUCGCCCAUAACUGCACAAGAAAAUGGUUUUGGCCACUCGGCCCGCAAGUAUAGUUUGAAACUUGCCAACGUAGGAGAUACAAAAGCUGUUCUAAGUAGACGGAAUGGACCUCUAAGUUUGGGAAUAGAAAAUAAUAAAAGAUUGGGAUAUUCCACCAACUAUCCUAAUACUGUGCCAGAUCCUGACGUCAUACAAACCAUAAUUAAAGAAGACGACGAGUUCCUAAUUUUAGGCAAUGGACAUUUUUGGAAUGCUGUUAGUAUGGAGACAGCUGUGUCAGAAGUAAGAGCUGAAAGAAAUCCUGUUCUAGCAGCUAAAAGGUUACAGGACCUAGCGCAAAGUUACGGCGUGGAAGAAUGUAUAUCGGUGUUAAUUGUUCGUUUCGAUGCGGCUCGAUCUGACGUCGAUCUGUUGAUGCGUGAAUUGCGGCAAACUAUCAAUAGCAACAAGUCGGUAUGUCGAUCGGAUUGUUGCUGUUCACGUUUGGAGCCAUGUUGCCAUUCGGUGACGCCUCCAAAACCAUGUAGCGAUCGGUCAUCUCCAAGUGGGCAGAGUGACCGGCCACCUAGCGAAGCUGUCAGUCACCAACAUUAUGCUAGCGUAAGGUCACAAGCUAAAGCAUCUGAACGAAGAAGUUGUCGAGGAGGCGUCGCCCGCGCUAUCCGCGUUCGAGUCGAAGAAGAUAAGGAAGAUGACCACAGACAUGAAGAAGUAUCUAAUCCUGAAGAGCAGUUCAAAUGCUGGGAGUACAUGCUUGAACAAAACACUCAAAUGUUAUUUGAUAAAGAGUUAGAUCAUUUGUCGAAAGGCAUCAAAUCUAAUGUCAGCAGCUUGCGAAAUCUUAAAGGUCUGUCGGGUAGCAGUCCGCAGUUACACUUGACAGGGAAACAGUCAAAAGGUAUGCCGUUCCUAUCAAAACAUUUUGGAAGUGCGAGGUCGUUUGGCACUGCACUGAAACCUGAUUUUAGAUUCGGUUCUGGAAGGUUACCCAAUGGUGGACCAAACGCAGCGUACUUUGGAUCACUGCAGCGACUCAUGCCCUACCACCUGGAAUACGAUUUUGCUGUGAUACAAGAGAAAUCCACCCAAGACUCCUUGGACCUUGAAGGUCGCAUGCAACAGUACUGGGGUGUAGCGACGACAGAACUGUAA